AUGAAGGUCACAUUCAAGGUACGCAGCUCUGCACCUCCGCCCCGGACGCCACGCCCUUCCGACUUGAAGCAACAAAAGUUUACGCUCGAUGUCGAGCCCACCGACCUUAUCUCUGCCGUGAAGCAGAAGAUUGCCGGCGAGAAGGGAUGGGAUCCCAAGGACCAGAAGCUUAUCUACUCUGGCAAGAUCCUGAAAGACGACGACACCGUCGAGUCCUACAAGAUCGAGGAGAAGGGGUUCGUCGUGUGCAUGGUGAACAAGCCCAAGGCACCCAAGCCCGCGCCUGCUGAGUCUUCUUCCGCCGUCCCCGCGACCCCGGCCCCCCGCGUUGCCUCGACUCCCGCCGCUCCUCCGGCCCCCGCCGCCCAGGCUGCUGCUCCCGCCGCGGUGCCCUCCACGCCGACCCCGGCUGCCCGCAGCACCGGUGGCGAUGCCUCUAGCACGGAUCCCUCCAUGGCCAUGGGCGCCCAGCGCCAGGAGGUCGUUGCGAACAUGGAGGCCAUGGGUUUCGAGCGCUCCCAGAUCGACGCCGCCAUGCGUGCCGCAUUCUACAACCCCGACCGCGCCGUCGAGUACCUGCUGAACGGCAUCCCCGACAACGUCCAGGAGGAGCAACAGCAGCGCCAGGCCGCCGCCGCCGCUGCCCCGGCUGCCGAGCCCGCUGCGGCCGCGGCCGGUGGCGAGGAGGGCGUCAACCUGUUCGACCUCGCUGCUCAGCGCGGUGGUAGUGGUGGAAGCGGUGGUGCCCGCGGUGCUGCCGGUGGCAACACCCAGGCUGCUGCUGCUGCCGCCGCCGCGGCUGCCGCUCAGGGUGGCUUCGGCAACCUCGACUUCCUGAGGAACAACGCACAGUUCCAGCAGCUGCGCCAAGUCGUCCAGCAACAACCCCAGAUGCUGGAGCCUAUCCUGCAGCAGCUCGGCGCCGGCAACCCCCAGCUCGCGCAGCUGAUCGCCAACAACCCCGACCAGUUCCUCCAGCUCCUGGGCGAGGAGGUCGACGACGACGUGCCUCUGCCUCCUGGCGCGCAGGCCAUUGCCGUUACCGAGGAGGAGCGCGACGCCAUUGAGCGGUUAUGCCGCCUCGGCUUCGACCGCGACGCCGCCAUCCAGGCCUACUUCGCCUGCGACAAGAACGAGGAGCUCGCGGCAAACUUCCUGUUUGACCAGCCCGACGACGAUGACCCUCCCGCGAACUAA